AUGAUGGACACGUCCACUGCGUUUAAUGCGACAAACCAUGGCCUCCAGAUUGGAAACAAUUCUGGUUCCAUCACCGCAGAAUUCCAUGUGGCGCGGGCGUACACGACCGAAGACAUCGAUCGAAUCUGUCUCCACGCUCUGCGCUGCCCGGACUCGCUGGCUGUGAAGAAUCGCCUGAAGGAGAGCAAGGACAGGCUGGUUCACCAGUCGAUCGAGUGGAUUCUUGAAGACCCGCAGUACAAGGAUUGGGCAAAUGGGGACGAGGUCGGUCUGCUCUGGAUCAAGGGAGGCGGGGGGAAGGGCAAGACCAUGUUGUCAAUCGGGCUGAUUGAGCAGCUCGCCCGGGCGCGAGCACAGGAUGAAUCCACCGUGGUGAUUUAUUCGUUCUGCCAGAAUGCCGACUACGAGCUCAAUACACUGGAAGCCAUCCUCAAGGGGUUGAUUCUGCAGCUGGCGAAUCAGCAGCCGGAGCUGAAAGAGUCGCUCCGUCGCCGGUGGGACACAAUACAGGAGUCCUUCAGCGAGGAUGUAACCUCGUGGCAAUCGUUGUGGAACAUUCUUUUCGAGAUGCUGGCCCGGUGCAAGUACUCUAGGGUAUACAUGGUUGUUGAUGCGCUUGAUGAAUGUCAGGAUGACGACGUGGUUGACUUUCUCAAGUCCAUCGUGCGAAAGGGACUGGAUCAUCCCGGUAAGAUCAAGUGGAUGUUGACAAGCCGGCCAUGGGACGGCGCAGAGCGGGUCUUAUUAGCUGGUCAGGACCAGGUGCAAAUCAAUCUGGAUGGGGAACACAACUCCCAAUCUGUUUCUGGGGCUGUGGAGGCGUAUAUCGCUUCCAAAGUGGAGGAGCUUAGUCGCCAGCACAAAUAUGGAGCGACUCUGAAGAGCGAGAUCGAGACUGAGCUUACUGAAAGAUCAGAAGGGACCUUCUUAUGGGUGAGCCUGGUAUGCAAGGCGCUCGAGAGUGUCUGCCGAGAUGACGCUCUGUCCACAGUUCAAAGCUUACCCCCGGGUUUGCAUCCGUUUUAUGAUCGGGUAUUGAACCAGCUCAACCAAGGCGAUUUGGCUGAAGUCCAGAAGUGUAUGCGACUGCUCAAGGCCAUGAUGACGGUAUACCGACCUUUGAAAGUGGCGGAAGUUGCUAGUGUGAUCGGCCUAACCGAUGAUGAGGACACCAUUCGAGCAUUGGUCGAUUGCUGUGCUUCAUUCAUCCGGUUGCGCGAAGACCACAUCGAGUUUGUUCAUCAGUCGGCGCGAGAUUACUUGGCCGGAGAGAAUGGGCUGUCUAUACUCGACUCUCAUGGACGCUUUGGACAUGAAGAGAUUGUCCUCGCUUGUCUGUCCUAUUUAUCUGAAUGUCUCAAGCCCAACCUGGUCGACCUGCCGCGUCCCGAUUCCACGAGAGACUCCUUGGAAGGUUUGGAAAAUAAACCGAAGAAUGGGAUUCUGUCUCGCGUGGACUAUGCGACUAUGUUCUGGGUGUCACAUCUAAAAAACACAAGCAACGACAGCGACAAGAGCCAGGCUAGCGUAUUCCUACACACAAAGUUGUUGGAAUGGCUAGAAUGCCUGAGUCUGUUGGACAGGCUACCAAAGGCCAUUGACAUGUUGAGAGCCCUGGAAGAAAUAUUGAAAGUUGACUGUCAAGCUUUAGCAUUCGUGCAAGAUGCUAUGCGUUUUUUACUGCGACACUACCACACUUUGUCGCACUGGCCACUGCAAAUCUACAGCUCUGCCGUCAUUUUCAGUCCUGAAUCAAGUGUUGUGAAAGGAGAAAACCUUGACAAAGCUCCUGCAUGGCUGGGAAGAGCUCCUCCCAUGGAGGAUAGUUGGACACCUAUGAUACAGACACUAACAGGCCAUUUAGAAACUGUCCGGAACGUCGCCUUCUCACCUGACGGCAAGCAGAUAGCAUCAGGCUCUGACAGUGGUAUGAUUAAGCUCUGGGAUGCUACUACAGGCAGCCUCCAGAAGACACUAUUAGGGGACCACGUGAAAAAGCCAUCAUCCAGCUCCUGGAAGCACAUCACGGCGAUGGCUUUCUUACCAGAUAGCAAGCUGAUUCUAUCAGCCAAUUAUGAUGGCUCUGUUAUGCUUUGGGAUACCACCACAGGUGACCCUCAAGAGAUGGCCGACCACUUCGGCACAUCGAAGGCCAGCUAUACCUACUUGGAGCCACCUGAACAGGGCGGAUUUGGCCUCCACGCCGGAGCUUUCUCGCCGGAUUGCAAACAGAUCGCAGCAUUCGGUUGGUCGCGCGGUAUGACACGUAUCAUGCUUUUUGAUACUGCUACAGGGGACCUCCAGAAGAUACUAGAAAGCCACUCACACGAAUGCUCGGCUCUGGCCUUUUCAUCAGACAACAGGCAGCUUGUAUCAGGCUCUGCAGCUGGAGACUGCACAGUCCGACUCUGGGAUACUACCACAGGUGACCUUCAGAAGACAUUCAUUGGCCACACAGAUAGGGUUUUGAGUGUGGCCAUGUCACCAGACGGCAAGCAAAUUGCAUCAGGAGCUUUUAACGCCGUCAUUUUGUGGAAUGCUGCAACAGGGGACCUGCUCAAGACACUCGCAAGCGAUUGUUCCUGGAGUGUGGUCUUUUCGCCCGACAGUAAACACAUCGCAGCAGGCUUUGAAGAUGGCAAGAUCCAUAUUUGGGACGCUACAGGCACUCUUCUGAAGACGCUAAAACGCCAUGCAGGGACAGUUACGUCUAUCGCCUUCUCACCAGACCUCAAGCAGCUUGUUACAUGCUCUAUUGAUGCGACUAUCAAGCGUUGGGAUAAUACCAUAGGUGGCAUCCAGGAAGCUGUGGGCCACUCAAGGCCUGUUACAGCCAUGGUCCUCUCACCAGACGGCAAGGUGGUUGCGUCAGGCUCUGCUGACAAGACCAUCAAGCUUUGGGAUGCUGCAACGGGCGAUCUCCAAAAACCUCUAGCAGGGCAUCUAGACACAGUAGAGAAGGUGGUCUUUUCACUAGACAACAGGCAGAUCGUCUCCUGCUCCUCCGAGGCAGUCAAAAUCUGGGAUGCUGCCACGGGUGAGGUCCAGACAUCUGUUGAGAGCGACGACGCGUUCACGACUGUGGCCGUCUCACCUGAUGGCAAGCACAUCGCAUCGGGCCAUUGUAAUGGCAAGAUUAGGCUCUGGGACACGGCCACAGGCAGUCUCCUGAAGAUAAUGGCAGGCUACAGGAGCAAAUUUGACUCCCUGGUGACAACGGAGAUCUUCAAUAAACAACUCCAAAAGGCGAUCUUCGAAACCCAAAUCACGAGGCUGGUUUUCUCUCCUGACGCCAAGCUAAUUCUAUCAACCUCCACUGAUAAAACCCUUAAGCUGUGGGAUGCUGCAACAGGAGACCUCCUGAAGAGACUACCAUGCCAUUCAGACAACAUCAUUACUGAGGCCUAUUUAUCCACCACAGAUUAUUCAAACUGGAUCUUUUCAGUGGCCUUUUCAUCAGACGGCCAGCAUAUCGCAGCAGCCAGUGCCGAUAAAACCAUCCGGGUCUGGAGCAUCAAAAAAUCCCUCAAAGCCCCAAAGUAUCUGGGACGCGCUGUCGGUAGCCAUAUCAAGUCGUCCCGGCCAUGGAAGGAGAUCAAGACAUCCGCUCAGGUGUAUACCGUAAAAUUUAGCGCAGGCAACCGAUACCUUGCAACAGACAUUGGACCGAUAGCGCUCGAGAGCACCCCGGCAGAAGGAGAGGGGCAGUUGCCAGAGAGGUCGGAUUCGGAUUCAUCGCAGAACCUCUGUCUCCGAGAUCAGUGGUUAUGCUAUGGGGCCAUGCCCUUCCUUCGGCUAUCGCCUGACUUUUAUGCUACUCGUUGGGAUACGCACGGCGACCGAGUGGUUGUCGGAUGCGACAACGGUCAAGUCUCAAGCUUUAAUAUCGAUCGAAGGAGCUUACACGCAUACUGGGAAACACUUGAGCUAUGA